AUGCGAGUGCGGGUGUCAUUCUUCAGUUCUUCUUCUUCAUUGCGGUAUUUUUUACGAUCUAAUGCCGUUUUGAGUUUGAAUGCAAUUCUACCAUCCAUCUCUAUUAAAGAGAAGUCUACGAAAGCUAGCGAUGAUGAACAGCCACAAACUUUGGUUCCUCAAGAGGUCGAAUUCGGCCGGACGGUCCACGUUGGAAAUCUUCGACAGAGUACGAAAUCCGAUUUAAUUGAUUACUUUUCCAAGUAUGGCGAGAUCGAGAAGGUAGAUUUGAUGCUUACGAAGUUCUCUCGUUUGCCCCGAGGAUUUGCUUUCGUGACAUUUUGUGAAAAGGAAAGUGCGAAGAAAGUUCUCGCCAAUAGUCAUCCAAUCGUUGCUGGAGACAACAUUACUGUAAACCCACUAAGGACCGAAAAGAAGCUUCCCAAGCACACAAACAAAGAUUUAGUAGUGCUUGUGACCAGUAUUUUGAAAACAACGAGUAAAAAAGUGAUCGAAAGCCAUUUUUCUCAAUUCGGGAAAGUCAAAAAUGUCAUUCUUGCUCAGGAGGGUAAAUCGGAUGGUGAGUUAGACAAAUAUUAUGUUGCACUGUCGUCGAUUUCUGAGGUGAAGAGAUCCCUUGAAGAGCCGACGCAGAGGAUUGCUGAACAAGAUAUCGACUCCAAGGUGAUGGCAUUUUCAGAAGCUGAACAAGUUUUACAGCGUUCCACAAAUCUUUUUGUUCGUUCCUUAGAAGAUAAUGUAUCCGUGUAUAGUUUGAGAGAGUACUUUCAAAACUUUGGAGACGUAGAAUCCGUGGAAGUUUUUUUAGACAGUGCUAAUGUUUGGGGCUCUUUAACUGUGGCAUGUGUUCACUUCUCUAAAGAAUCUACAGUGGAUAAAUUUCUGGAGAGGGAAGAUCAUGUUAUAAAUGGCAUGCGAUGUGAAGUUUUAAAACGUAGAAGUGUGCUUCCCUGGACAAGAACUAACCGGCAGAGAAUAUCAGUGGAGGGCUUGCCCCUGUCAAUUGGGAAGCGGGAUGUUCAGCAAUUCUUCAAAAAUGUAAUUGAAUUAGACAUACAAAUUGUCUUUUUCAGAAAAGAUUCUCUAAAUGGAAAAGUUCAUUGCAUUAUAAGAUGUAUAAACCCCAAGGAUGUGACAAGGAUCCUGGCCAAAAAAUAUGCACAAUUUCAAGAAGAAAAAUUACAUUUUAAUCCCCUUGUGUGGAGCAAGAGUAGACCUGAUUGA